AUGAUUCUUACAAGUAUUAUCAAUAUAGUCUACAUCGUUCGACGUUCAUUAGCAACUCAUGUCAUUGAUAAUCGAACGCAAACAUUCCUUAAUUCAUUAGAAGAGAAUGCAACUAUAAAAACGUCAAAGAAAACCAUAUCGAAAACUGAUCAACACUUUGAAAGAACAUACAAGACUUUCCUACAUUCCUUUGUUGAAACUUAUGUCUCCACUACACAAAAUCGUACGAUAACUUUGAACUAUUGUCCACCAGUGCCGCCAAAUCUUCAAGGUUCCCUCGUAGUCAACAACGUUCCAGAUAAUUUUUCCAUCGCGACAAACUCAUCCUAUUAUCCCAACGUGGAACUCGGAGGUCAUUAUCACCCAACAACAUGCUUAGCUCGACAUAAAAUUGCUAUUAUUGUUCCAUAUCGAGAUCGAUUGGAUAUAUUAAAACAUUUUCUGUACCAUACGCAUCAAAUCGUCCAACGACAACAAUUAGAUUAUCGAAUUUAUGUUUGUGAACAAGCUUAUAACAAAACUUUCAAUAAAGGCAUUGUUAUGAAUGGUUGUUUCAAAGAAAUUCUUAAGCUCCAACCUGAUACGCCCUGUUUUAUAAUGCACGAUGUUGAUCUAUUAUUGAUCGAUGAUCGAAAUAUGUAUACGUGUCCGAUCUUUCCACGUCAUUUAAGUGUCGCUAUUGAUAAAUUUCAUUUCUAUCUGCCAUAUACUCAACUCGUUGGCGGAGUUCUAGCUAUGCGUCGUGAACAUUACGUUCUUGUGAAUGGUUAUUCAACAAAUUAUUGGGGAUGGGGUGGAGAAGACGAUGACAUGUAUGCUCGAAUAGUGAAUAAAAAUUUGAAAGUCGAACGUCCACCAGCAUCUGUGGCUCGUUAUAAAAUGUUAAAACAUACGCAUCAAAAACUAAACCCUUCCCGAAUGAAAGUUCUUCGAACUGCACACAUUCGAAUUGAUUCUGAUGGUGUGAAUAACGUCAAAUAUACGCUACUGAACACAACUUUGUACCAUCUUUACACACAUUUUCUGAUUGAUGUCGGCGAAGAACCGAAAUGA